AAUCUUUUUGUUUACAUCGACUCGACUGUUAUUAUCAUGGAACUAUGAAGUUGGGUGUGUAAGCACAGUAGUGAUAAUCAUACCUAUGAACCUUUAGAAACUGCUUAUCUUCUUCUCGUCGCUCAGUUGUACUGUUAUAGAAGUCCUGGAAACGCACAAAUGAGGAAUUGUGUGUGGCUGACUGAACUUGCAAAAUUAGUGAACUAAUAAAUUUAAGAUGAUAGUUUCCUGUGGGUUGAAUGUCAGCAAACUGCUCAAAGUGCUAAAUGAGGGGCUUCUGAAAGAAGAGACACACCUUGCUCCCCUCAUGUGCUUGGCUGGAAAUGAGGAUUCAGAUGGAAUCAGUCUUUCCAACCGAGACAACAGCACAGUUUUUAUACUCAAUUUGAGCAGGCAUUGUGGAUUUCACUCAGAGACAUUCUCCCUUUCUGUAAAUUUGCUUGACCGUUUCUUAUCAGUUGUAAAGGCCAACCCUAAGUAUCUUCCAUGUAUCAGUAUUUGCUGUCUGUUCCUUGCUGUUAAGAUGUGUGAAGAGGAUGAGGAUGUUCCUACAGCUGCUGAUUUGGUCAAAGUUAGUGGACUUAACUUUUCUUCAUCAGAUCUGCUACGAAUGGAACGAAUCAUUCUUGAUAAACUUAACUGGAAUCUGAAUGCUUCAACUCCUUUAUAUUUCCUGCAGGUGUUUCAUGCCUUGUGUGUUUCAAAAGGAUUUCUAGACCACUGUCCAGUGAACCAUCAUUUACAGCAUAUCACCUCACUCUUAGAAGAUCUCCUUUGCUGUCAUAAGUUUAUGUUUUUCAAGCCAUCAACAUUAGCACUGGCCUUGUUGAGUUGUGAAUUGAUGUAUGUCAGCAGCAACUGGCUCCUGGCAACGCAUUUUCUACAAGAACAGGCAAAGAUUCCUGAUGCUGAACUUUGGCAGUGUUGUAAACUACUUAAUGACCACUUCAAGUCUAUUUCAAAAAGUCACUCAAUCAAAAUGAAGACACUGACAUUAAGUGAUAGACAAGAUCCCUCAUUCCCUGCUUUGAUAGGGAACUAAUACUAAUCGAGGUGAUCACAGUAUCUAACUGGUGGUGUGGUUUAAGCUAUAGAGUAUGAAAAGUCGUUAGUGUUUCUUUAAAAAAAUGCACUCAUAGCUGUGUUUAAUAAGUCAUUUUCAUCUUAAUUUACACACGUGUCAAGAAAAGUCUUGACCUUAAUGUAUGUGUUUUGUGUCCUCCUAAGGCAUUUGAAGAGUUUUGCUCUCCAUUUGUUUUUGUUGUGUAAUGCAAGUUUUAUGACUGGUUGGUGCGUAAGAUUUGUUUUUAUGGUGGAGAGGAAUAGAAAACUUUUAUUGUACUUUAGGCAUUUUGUUAAAUGUAUGUAAAUAUUUUAGUAUGGGAUGUAGAAUAAAGGAUUUUAUAUCAAGUAA